UAUCAGUAACCUGCUGCUUUUGCUUGGGAUUCUAUCUUUUUGGUGAAAAUAAUUCUUAGGUUGAAGUGAAAUAAGUUUCUAUUCGAUGAAAAAUCUAAUUAGCUGCAAACUUGAACUAAGAAUUUCAACUUCAAGAGCAAGAACUGAACUCAUGGAUGGAGCUGCAAGAUGUUCGUUGGUCAUACUUUGUACUACUGAUCGAAACACUACACUGAAACAAAAUGAUACCGUAAAGAAUGAUCUACAUACAUAUAUAGGCACAUUGAAUUGAAGUGAUGAAUUAAAGAAGGAUUACCUAGCCUAUAAAUAAAUAAUUUCAGCAAAUGUUCGAUGACCGAAUCAAUAUAACUUCCACAACAUGCUAAUGGUACGAAAAUUUUGGAGAAAUUUUAAGCACGGCUAUUAUCCAAAAUAUUUACAAAACCAUCUCUUCGAUGUCGUCGAAAGCUAUAAUAACAGUUUUGAUCCAACUGAAAUCCAGUGGAAUUCAUACUACUUGGAACGUUAUUGGGAAAAGGAAUCUAGACUUUGUAGAGUUCAUUGGUUACAUUCGAUGAAUAAUGUCAGAAUACCAGCCAUUUAUGAGACAUAUUUUACUCCCAAUCAUUUAACCGAUUACACCAAAUUAAAACCGAGGGAAGAAUUUAAAAAAAUGAAAAUAUUAGAUAUUGGCUGCGGAGGAGGAAUAUGUUCCGAAGCUUUAGCUCGAUUGGAUUUCAAUGUAACCGGUAUAGAUCCUGACCCUCAUAUGAUUUUUGUAGCAGAACUUCACGCCAAAGAAAUUCCAGAAAUGAAAGGAAAGCAAUUAAAGUACAUUAAAACAACCGUAGACGAUUUCCAUGAAGAAAAUCGGGGCAAAUAUGACGCGAUAGUAAUUUCUGAAGUUUUAGAACGACUUCCUCAUAAUAAAAAGCGAAAAUUUCUAGAGAAAUGUAUCAAUUGUCUAAAAAUCGACGGUGAUGUGUUCAUCACGACUAGAAACAAAACUUUUUCUUCCCUGUAUAGAAUCUUUGUAUUUGGAUUAUCUAAUAGAUGCGAAUUUUAUUAUCACGUUUGGAGCAGAGGAAUCAGUACUUAUUUAUUGAAAACACAUCUAACUUCUUGUGGUUGUGAUGUAAAACAUGUAAAAGGAUUACAAUACGAUGGAGAGGACCGUUCGUUUCGUUUUACAGAUGAUCUCGACGAGUGGUAUUUCGUUCACGCCGUCAAAAAACGACUAAUCAUAUGAAAUUAUUGUUGUCUCGUUACUUUUUAAAAUACAUUUGAUCAAGUUGUGUUUUUCAA